AUGGGCAACGGAGCCAAGGCACAACAGAAGCGCGAGCGCAACGCCAAGGACGGCAAAGUCGCCAAGUCGCAGCUCAAAGUUAACCAGCAGGCCAUGAACAUUCAAUGCCAGAUCUGCAAGGCCACGUUUCUCUCCACCACCAAGGGCCCUGCGUACGUACCGACACUCUCUCUUGCCUUCGACGCUGUGUUGAUUCCUAUACCCUUCAAGUAG